AUACAAUAAAAUUAUACUUUCUUUAUAUUUUAAAAACAAAAAACCAACAGAAUUAAUUUGAUCAAUUAUUUAAACGUUGUGUGAACACAAAAUAGAAUGUAGCGUGUCUCAAAUAAGUUAACAAAAUCUACAAGAUAUUGACUUUUAUAUUAUUCCUUCGUAAACAUGUAAUCAAAUAGUUUUGUGCUUAUUUUAAUGACAGCUCUGCUGACAUAUAUCCAUAGUUCCGAACGUCUAAUCGGAAACAAGAUAGAUGAAAAUCUCCUUUCUUAAGAACAGUGUCCGUUUCUUGCAUAAUAAGCGCUCCCUUUAAGGCGGGUAUUGUGAAUCGUAAACUUUUCUCAACAGUCGACUAACUUUCAGUAUGGAGAAACUCGACUUACAUCCCAGGAUUAUGUUAGCAUUGAAAAAAUCAAAAUUGAAAUCUUUCCCUGAGAUAUUAAGUUUAUCCAAUCCUGAUUUAAAAAGAGCAACAAAUCUAUCAUCCCGAGAUGUGCAAAUUCUAAAAGGAGCUGUUGCUGAAUCUAUUCCUAUGUUACCUAUUGUCACAGCCUUUAAUUUAACAAAGCAAAGUAAUGUCCCUCCUGCUUUGAAAGUGGACAAACUUUCAACAAGCUGUGAAAUUCUUGACAAAGCUUUGAGAGGAGGCUUUAUUUCUCGAGGAAUCACAGAAAUUGUUGGUGAAAGUGCAUGUGGUAAGACACAACUCUGCCUUCAGCUUAGUUUGAUGUGUCAGCUACCUGAAGAAGCUGGAGGAUUGGCUGGAGAUACAAUGUACAUUUGCACAGAAGAUGCUUUCCCAACCAAACGCUUCACCCAACUGAUUGAAGCAUGGCAUCAAAAAGGAAUAUGGAAGAAACUUUCUGAUGGCUGUUUACAACCUGGGGACCAUGUUUACAUUGAACACAUCACUGAUGUGGAAAGUCUUAUUGUGUGCCUUGAAAGAAAGUUGCCUGUUCUAAUAAAGAGAAGAAAGAUCAAACUUAUAGUGUUGGAUUCUGUUGCUGCUUUAUUCCGUUCAGAGUAUGCUAUUGAAGAUACAUUACUGCGCUCCAAGCACUUGUCCAGCAUCGCUAAAGAAUUGCAUCACGUAAACAUGCAUUACAAUAUACCUGUAAUGUGUGUAAAUCAGGUAACAGCAUCAGAAAAAUCAAACAGUAACAUUCCUUGCUUGGGCCUGUCUUGGGCCAAUCAUUUAACAACACGCAUUCAGUUGACCAAAGUUGAACAAACUGCUCUGCCUCCAAGUGUUAUUGAACUGUUUGGUCCACAUGUGAGCUUCCGAAAUCUUGAAGUUGUAUUUGCUCCACAUAUCCCACAGACAGUAAUCCCUUAUAUCAUCAACAAUGAUGGUGUAAAAGGAAUCAGCUUGUCUAACAUACUGAUGUAGUCAUCAGAAACGACUUUGUUCAUAUAAAAUGCCAUAAAUUACUAAAUGCCACUAAAUUAAAUGUUGCCAAAGUUCUUGGAUCCAAAGAAGUUGUCUUGAAAUGUUAAUUAUAUAGUUGUAAUAGAUGUUACUUAUGAAAUAUUAAUUACCCUCUUUCAUUUAUAAUGGAUAUUAUUUUGAAACUAGCUACUAUUUUCAAUGCAUAAUCUCUUUUACAACUAACUUUAUGGUUUUUGGCAGCAAUACGUAAUGGCUUCGUGUGUGUGAGUGUAACUUGUAAAACUACUGUCAGUGAGUUAGCCAUUUCAAGGACACAACUUGUGCCACAGAUUACUUUUAUAUUCAUAAAUAACUACUCUAUCUUUAAAUCAUAUCAAGUAAUUAAUAUUUUUGCAAUUCAAUGCUUCUGACAACGCUGUAUAAUUGCUACUGUGCCUAAGUAUUCAUCUUAAAUCUUUUAAGUAAACUAGUAAGCUACAAAAACUAUCAAUAAAUAUAAAGAUGCAGUAUUUAUUUGGAACUAGAUAUUUUUAGUGAUUUUUCCAGUUGUAAGAUGUUCUAAACUUGAAAGCUUAAAAAUACCUAAAACUCUUAUAAAAGAUCAUUUUAUAAGCAUCAACUGUAAAGAUUUAUCUGUAUUACUGCACUUAUGAGAAAUAGAUUGGAAUAAAUUGAAUUAAUCAUAAAUUAUUCAGAAAAAUAUCUUCCUAAAAAAGUAAUCAGUUUUAUCUCUCAAAAUAAAUACUGACAAACAAUAUUGCUUCCCAAAAAUAUUAACCUAAACUUCUUUGGUUUUAGUCUUUGGCACAUAAAUUCACUGAAUAUUAAUUUGUUUGAUAAAUUAAACUUGAUUCUUCCAAUAAUCUGAGGGUAAUGCGAUAGAAUCAGUAUGCUUUAAGUUAUAUUCACUGCACAUGACUAAGCAACUAGUGACUGUUAGGACUUGUUCUUGCAGGCAGGGAAUUUAUGACAGUUUAUUUGUUUUUUGCUAUUGUAUUUUCAAAACUUUCUUUCUUUCCAUUUUUAAAUCAAUUUUCUUAUUUAUAUGUCUUAUAAUACCUAGGAACAGCUGCUCUCACAAAAUGGGUUGUGUUAACUACCUUAAUUACUUUCUAAAUCUCAAGUUGUGUCCACUGCUUGUUGUAUAUGAAUGACUAAGCAAUGGUUUUACUUAAGUUCUACUUUGGCAAAUAAGUUCUACUUUGUCUUUCUUUAGUUGACAAAGAGUUUUUUUUUACUAAUUUAUAUAUGUAUAUAUUUAAAAUGUUACAUUAAAUUAUUUUUGUAUUUUAACCUUUACAAUUAUUUCAACUUUGUUGCCUAUGUGAAAAUGAACUUGGUUACAGAAUUAUGGAUGUUUAGACAUUAGAUAUUUCAAACACUAGUACAAUGCAACAACAAUUACAUGUAGUAGUGUAUAAUCACAAGUUCUCCAUUCUGUGACCCAUAUGAUGGAGAAUGUGUGUGUGUGUAACAAAGAUAUAUCUUGGUUGACAGAAGAACAAAAGUCUGUGAAGUUCCAAAUAUAAAAUGUUUAUUACCACUAAUAAAAAAUGUAUUGUAAUUGCACUGAACAACAGAAAAACGAUAUGUACAUCAAGUGAGUUGAUUCAUGUUUCGUUAUAUGUUGAUAAUCAUUGCAAACAGCUGAAGUCAUCACUUUCCAUAGCUAAAGUUGGGUAGCAUAGGUUCCUACAGCCAUUAGUCUUGGCUGUGUUACCACCACUGAUCAGUUACAGGCACAUCAUCUAUAUAUAUAUAUAUAUAUAUAUAUAUAUAUAUAUAUAUAUAUAUAUAUAGCUAAGGUCUGUCAAAAAAAAUGCACCAAAGACAAAAUUGUUCAUGAUAAUCCUAUAUGUUGUUUUUUUUUACAGUUGGGAUCUGAUAAAUUAAGCAUCAGUUGGUUCUGUUGUUUUCACUAGUCACCAAUCUUCUGAUAAAAAAUAUGGUCCUGCUACAGGACUUCCCAACAAGGGAAAUGACUGGUAAGGGUGAAUUGAAUGAAAAUGAGAAAAGUGAAGGUAGUGUAAAAUAUGAAGUGUGUACAGGAAUAUGUAUUACAAUGCUUAAAUGUAGGGGUAGGAGCACUGGUUAAAUUGCAUAGAUGUUAACAGAAGCAGGUAACAUAAGAGAUGCAGGAUGAGUGCACAUACUUGGCUUGGUGGCAGGCAAUGAAUAAAGAAUGUUACACAGAGGGAAUAAAAAGGACAAAGUAGUUAGAGAGAGAGAAUAAAAGUGCAACAGUACAGAACAGUAUAAUAGAGCAUAAAAGAUAAAGUAGAAAUAAAAUAUAGAAGCUAUAAAAGAAAUAAAAGUUAUGUAGAGGGAGUAAAAGGGAGAGGGAAAAGAGAGUGAGUAAGGGAAAAGGUGAUGGGUAGAGAAGAGAGAGUGUAGGAGAGAAAUUGAUAGGUAGAGGAGAGAAAAAGUGUAGUGGAAAAGGUAAUAGGUGGAGGAAGGGAGGCAGUCAAUUAUAAUGUAUUAUGAAAGAAAUUAAAGCAUAUCAUAUUUGAAAAGAUAUUUGAAAACCAAUGAAAACUGUGUAAUAAUGAUGUGACUCAUCAAUCGAAAAGGUAAAACAAUUUUAAGUGUAAAACAAUGUUUAUAUUCAUCUCUAUGUUUACGUUUAUGUUUGUAUUAAAUGUAAACAGAAAAAUACAUUUGUAUUAGAUAAAGUAAGACCAAAUAUGGACACACUCAAAAAUGUCUGUAUGUGAAGGCAGACACAUACAUGCUCACAAUACUACACAAAUAUAUACAUACAAUGUGCAAAAAUACUGAUUUUAAAGUAAUAAAUAGUUUUCUCUUGGAAAUUAGUAUUCAUUUCAUCAUUUUGUAUAAGUACCAAGAAAUUUGAUAGAAGUCAAAUUAUAAUUACUGUAUGCUUGCCAUAUUUCCUGAUAUUACACAUGGUGGAAAAAGUUUACUUCCAAAGUUAUCUGCCAUAUA